AUGGAUCGGGAACAAUGUCGCGCCGUCUAUGUCGAUGAACGAGUUGUACACGAACGAUGGAUUGCAACAUCAGAACACGAUUCGGCCCCAUCUACUCCUUUUUCUUUGCUAGAUGACUGCCCUGAAAUCGCUAGCAAUAUAGAGCAGAUUUUAGCUAUCUGUAAACAAGUGUACCUUUGCAACUCUGGGCAAUCGUUCGCUAGCAAGCUUGCCGAGUUACACGAAGAGUCGAGUAAAACCUGUGUACCCAUUUUCGCUUUCAUUGAUAUUGCUAUCAAAGAUGAUUCGCAAUACAUACACCGGCGAUCGGUCGCCCACAACUUGUCGCCGCUUGGCAGUUCACCUUCUCCUCUAAAACGCAAUCCAACCUUUUCUACAGAAUCAGAAGAAUUAUAUGGCUUCCAUCUCCUUUCUAGAAUUUCUACCGAUGUUCAAGACCAAGAAGAACCCAAUAAUAUUGUCCUCGUAGCUAUUCUACGAUAUGUGAAAGAAAAAAAUGGUGGCUCUUCUGAGCAGGUCGCUCAGGGUGAGGGGUUGACGAAAUAUUCAAAUAACGGGCCACAGGCGACAAAUGAAGCAAAGCAAAUACGCCGCUGCCUAGAUGCUGGUGCAGUGGAUGUUCUCACUUACCCGUUUGAGAAUUCCCGGGUGAGGGCUCUUGUUUCACAGGCAUAUCGAACUCAAAAGGCUGCCCAGAAGGACAGGGCACGGUUUUUGGCCAACCGAAAAGUGCGCCGACAAUCAUGGGUGGGCUCCAAUGACCAGCAGCCUUAUGCAUAUCUUCGAGAGGCCAUGGUUUCAAAAUUGAUGAAACGAAUAUGCAAUCCUGAGGAAGCCAUCGAGGAUUUCCAGGUUGGACAACUGUCUCUGACAGAGGACCGCGAAUUACUGGUUGAAAGAGAACUUGGAAGGUGGAGUUUUGCUUCGCAUGAUUUUUCUGAUGACGAGAUGGUCCAUGCUGGGUGCGUAAUGCUCGAGCAUGCGUUGAAAAUGCCAGAUCUAGAACCAUGGAGGAUAUCAACAGAGGAAAUUCGAUCUUUCCUGUUAUCUGUUCGUGCGGCCUAUAAUUCUUUUGUUCUCUACCACAAUUUCCGGCACGCUAUCGAUGUGCUUCAAUCCCUAUUCUACUUCCUUGUUAAAAUUGGCGCCCUUCCACCGUUUCCUUUUGAGAGCAAGAGCAUAUCAACCGAGGGUGGUAUGUCUUCGCUCUUUCGACCUUUCGACGCGUUUACGUUACUCAUCACGGCUAUCGGCCAUGACGUUGGGCAUCCUGGUGUCAAUAAUGUUUUCCUUGUGAAAUUGAACGCUCCACUUGCACAGCUUUACAAUGACAAGUCCGUACUUGAAGCCUUUCAUUGCGCCGCAUACUCCCAGAUCCUUCGAAACCACUGGCCUUCCGUUUUCAAAGACGUUCGACUGCGGAAGCUAAUGAUUGAGUCGAUUCUUGCUACUGACAUGGGGAUUCAUAACGAGUUCAUGGAGUCUCUGGGACAACUACAAGAGAAGUAUCGGUCUAAUAAUCGAGCCACCUGCAAUUGGGAAUCCAAAGAAAUUGAGAGCCAUCGCUCUUUGUUAUGUGCUCUCCUGAUAAAAUGUGCCGAUAUUAGCAACGUGGCUCGCCCUUUUAACAUCGCAGAGAGGUGGACGGAUAUACUUCAGCAAGAGUUUGCCAAUCAAGGAACAAUGGAGGCAGCGAUUGGAAUGGAGACUGCAUUAUUUGGGGGGCCUCCAGAACUGGGAAACUCGAUCAAGAAGGCGAACGGCCAAAUAGGGUUUAUGACUAUAUUUGCCCUGCCACUCUUCGAUGGAAUUACUGACAUCCUUCCCGAUAUGUCAUUCGCCUCCAACGAAAUCAGGCGCAAUAAGCUAAUAUGGCAGAAGUUGAUCGACCGCCAUAAGGAGACAGUAGAUCAAAACUCAGGAACAAGACUUUCACAACUGUCACUUGAAGAUAAUACUCCCGGACGAGACAAUACGGCCGAGGAAUACAAUCCCACGUCGGUAUAUUACAAAGUUCCUGAGAAGCCACUGAAGGAAUUGGAGCCCAAUUCGACCUCUCGAAUAGGACGUUCGUCGGAUUGUGACACCAAUGACCGAGCUGUGAGCAAUGCCACUCCUCCCUCAUUAUUUAAUACGGCCAAUGAGACGCAAGAUCAUGAAAAAAUUGAUCAAAACACGUUCAAUGCACUAUCUGCAUCUGCAGUCAGCAACAGACCUCAGCGUGAUUCAGAGAGCCGUCAAUUUCACCGUCCUUUUGGCGCUAGUCCUGUGUCGUCCGUAUUCAACCAACAUAAUCGAUCCACAAAUAUCGUCCGAAAUCAAAGCAGGAGUUCCUAUACAAAUAAUACCAUUACGACCCCCGUUUCGUCUACUACACAAGCCAGCAGUUUAAUAACGGCGGAAAGCAACAGCUACGAUGAGAAAAACCUUUGUAGUCCGACCUGCGGACAGAUCCUUCAACCUGAUGCACCAAGCAGCUAUGAGUCGAGUAUUGGUGAUGGUGUUUGCGAUGACAAUAUGGGGUGCAGGCGUCCUUCGACUGCUGGCAUACCGGUUGAGUCAAGUCGUCAUUGCCGUCAAUCUGAACCUGAGAAAGAUGGCCGCCCUUCACUGGGAAGAACAGCAAGCUUUAUGUCCUCGUUUCUUGACAAGGGAUUUGGAAAUAAUCAUCAUAAUGGCUUUAUCCUAAAUCACCCCUCGGCCACCUAUGGAGGUACUCCCAACAUUCCUGACCCACGCCCACCCCUCCCAGCCCAUCAUACUGUCUCCGAUCCACAACAAACCACAGUAAAUAGCAGUGGUCCCCCGACUGGCCGAGUGUUGCCUCGUCGGCGAUCACGACUGCGACUGGCGUUUUGGAGACGGCAUAAGCAACAAACUCCUCCUCUCCCUAACGAGCAGUCUCGAUAA